GGCGGCGAAGGCAGCGGCGGGGAGAUCCGGAAGUCAACACCAUGUCGAGCCUGCACAAGAGCCGGAUUGCAGAUUUCCAAGAUGUCUUGAAGGAACCCACGAUUGCCUUGGAAAAGCUUCGGGAACUCAGUUUUAGUGGCAUACCCUGUGAGGGCGGACUGCGGUGCCUCUGCUGGAAGAUUCUUUUGAACUAUCUCCCCUUGGAGAGAGCCUCAUGGACUUCCAUCCUGGCCAAGCAGAGGGAGCUAUAUUCUCAGUUCCUGAGGGAGAUGAUUAUCCAGCCAGGCAUUGCCAAGGCCAACAUGGGAGUGUCAAGGGAGGAUGUAACCUUUGAGGACCAUCCACUCAACCCCAACCCUGACAGUCGAUGGAACACAUACUUCAAGGAUAAUGAGGUGCUGCUGCAGAUCGACAAAGAUGUCCGGAGACUGUGCCCAGAUAUAUCCUUCUUUCAGAGGGCUACUGAGUACCCUUGCCUUCUCAUCCUGGACCCCCAGAAUGAAUUUGAGACCCUCCGAAAGCGGGUGGAACAGACAACGUUGAAAUCCCAGACAGUAGCUCGGAACCGGAGUGGAGUCACAAAUAUGAGCUCCCCGCACAAGACCACUGUGCCGUCAUCCCUGAAUGAAUAUGAGGUGCUGCCCAACGGCUGUGAGGCCCACUGGGAGGUGGUGGAGCGAAUCUUGUUCAUCUAUGCCAAGCUCAACCCUGGAAUCGCCUAUGUGCAGGGCAUGAACGAGAUUGUCGGACCCCUGUAUUAUACCUUUGCCACAGACCCCAACAGCGAGUGGAAAGAGCAUGCUGAAGCAGACACCUUUUUCUGCUUCACUAACCUCAUGGCUGAGAUCCGGGACAACUUCAUCAAAAGCCUGGAUGACUCACAGUGUGGCAUCACCUACAAGAUGGAAAAGGUGUAUUCCACACUGAAGGAGAAGGACAUGGAGCUCUACUUGAAACUGCAAGAGCAGCACAUCAAGCCCCAGUUCUUUGCCUUCCGCUGGCUGACACUGCUCCUCUCCCAGGAAUUCUUGUUGCCUGAUGUCAUCCGUAUCUGGGACUCCCUCUUUGCUGAUGACAACCGCUUUGACUUCCUGCUCCUUGUCUGUUGCUCCAUGCUCAUACUGAUCCGGGAGCAGUUGCUGGAAGGAGACUUUACUGUAAACAUGCGGCUCCUGCAGGAUUAUCCCAUCACAGAUGUUUGCCAGAUCCUACAAAAAGCGAAGGAACUUCAGGACUCAAAGUAACAUGGUGACAAGAGGUCCAGGUUUGGGAGAGAAGCCAGCGAUCCCUGGCUUUUGGAAUGCACAGAAGCCUGUAAGAUCCCAGCCGGAAGGGAAACUGCAGAAUUGGCC